AUGUCAGCGGCUGCCAUAGGAGUAGAUAAUAGAUGCUUAAUGAAAAAGAGAAAAAAGAACAACUGUACAUGUGAUAGUAUUAAUGUAGAUAUAAACCAUAUAAUAAAAGACAUAUAUGGAUUCAAGCAUGGAAGAAAGAGAACCGUUCAAUUUAUUAACGAUGAUACAAUAAUAAAUAAUUGUGAGAUAAAGAAAAUAAUAAAGAGAAUAAAAAUUCAAGACACUUGUAAUAAUACCAGCACAGGAAAGCAUGAACAGUAUGGCAAUGUGAGUAAGCAAGAUGAAGAUCAUUCAUUAACACUACAUUCGCAAGAUGCCACUUGCAACAACAGUGAGGAAGUAAAAAUUGGUGUAUGUAGUGACACAGAUAGGGGUUCUGAUAGUUCUUUGGGUGGUGGUUCUGAUAGCUGUUUAGAGGGACAUUCGGCUAAUUGUUUAGGUGAAGAUUCUGCUAACAGUUUAGGGGAUGAUUCGGCUAGCUGUUUAGGUGGAAGUUCGGCUAGCUGUUUAGGUGGAAGUUCGGCCAACUGUUUAGGUGGAAGUUCGUCGAGCUGCUUGAAUGCUGUCUCAAAUUGUUGCACCAGUAACAACUACACAGACAACAACAACAAGAUAAAUGAUUGCCACCCAGUAUAUGAUGACCACUAUUGCGAAAACCUGGACAUUUUGAAAAGUCAUCCAAAUAACAAUAUGACAAGAAAUGAUUCCAUAAGGGAAUCAUUAGCGUGUAGAGAAGAAAAUAAAAAACUUUUAUCGAAGCAAUUUGAACUAUGCAUUGAUAACAUCUUGGAAAGCAUACGCUCAUGUACCGAAAUUAACCAAGCUAAAAAAAUUAUGAUCCCAGUGUUAAGUGAAUUUAUAUUAAAUAAUUUUAUGUGUAAAGAUGAUUAUGACAAAUUUCAAAAUACUUAUAAAAUAAACUUGGAUACCUUGCAGAAAGAAAAAAAGGUCUUAAUAAGUGCAGUUAAAACACAGUAUAAAAAAAUUAUCCAAUUACAAAAAUUAGUGGGUACACAAAAAUGUGAAUUAAAAAAAAAGAAUGAUGAAUUAAAUCAAAUUAAAGCAAAGGUACACCAGUACUUUUAUGAUAUUAACAAUCCGAAUAAAAAAAAGUUUUCUAUAUUAUCUCCAGAUGUUUAUUAA